CACUCGCCAGCGCCUCGGCUGGAAAGCGCACUCGCCUCAGGCGUGGAGGACACGCGCUUUUCCCGUGAUCCUCUCUCUCCCACGGCAGCUGUAUUAAGCGGAGUGUGGUCGUUCGGUUUGCUGCCCGCGCACCAGCCAAAGUUGGGACUCGACACUUUCAGCACCUCUUUUCGGCGGACAGCGCUCUCCGGAUCGACGCAGCAUCCAGACGCACGAUGUGGAUUCCUUUCGGAUUUUUAAGAAACAAUAUUUAGAUUGUCGUAGACAGAAGGAAACAGCGUUUUGUCUUGUCUUUUUUUUUUCUGGUGGUGAUGUGGGUCACUUCUUCGAAAAUGAUUCUUCGUAGGCAGGAAAAAGCGGAAUUCACUCUGAAGCUUGUGGACCUAGGCAGGCCUGAGGGCUCUGACAUAUACAAAAUCCUUGCCCAGGGGAACCAGGGAGAUUAAAAACUUCUGAUUGAGGUGGAGAGGAAAGAAACACAGAUAGGGAAGGAGAGAGGUAGAGGAGGAGAAAAAGCUUAUCCUUCACCUUUGUUCUUCCUAAUGCCCCAAGUGAAGGAUCUCCAUAGGGGAGUCAGCGUACGCUCAAGCAGCCGUCCACCGCUGUGGUCAGACGAUGGAGUGAGAGAGUGAAAGACGAGAGGAGGAUUACACUCUGCAAAACAGCCCAGCUCAUAUUCUAUAUUAAUUGAAUGCCUCGGAGAGAGGAGAGUCAUGAGAGGAAGCAUUUUCUGUGCUAGUCGCUUCAGACGGUAUUGCAAUUAACCCUUCGGCCGUCAUAAAAUAAUACCUGGAUUCUGCUGUUUUUUGAUUGCCUGGCUGCGGACGAGCUCACGAGCGGUGGUCAUGUUUCAACCCUCGACAUGUAGAUGGCAUCGGAGUGGCUGUCAGACAAUCAGCCUGAUUGUGCUGGUGGCGCUGCUUUGCUGCACCUCCUUCAGGGCCUCUGAAGCUGCCAAAGCCAAAGUUCCGGGGCACACACAUUUGAACUCCAUUCGCAUCGAUGGAGAUAUCUCCCUCGGUGGGCUGUUUCCGGUUCAUGCCAGGGGUCACGAUGGGAAGCCAUGUGGGGAGCUGAAGAAAGAGAAGGGUAUACACAGGCUGGAAGCCAUGCUGUUCGCCCUUGACCGCAUCAAUAAUGACAAUAAUCUGCUGCCCAACAUCACACUGGGGGCGCGUAUCUUGGACACCUGUUCCAGGGACACUCACGCCUUGGAGCAGUCGCUUACCUUUGUGCAGGCUCUGAUUGAGAAGGACGGCACAGACGUGAAAUGUGUCGGCGGAGGAUCGCCCAUCAUCACCAAACCAGAGAGGGUGGUGGGCGUCAUCGGCGCCUCUUCCAGCUCAGUGUCCAUCAUGGUGGCCAACAUUCUACGCCUGUUCAAGAUACCCCAAGUGAGCUAUGCCUCUACGGCUCCGGAGCUCAGCGACAAUACUCGCUACGACUUCUUUUCCCGCGUAGUGCCUCCAGACACCUACCAGGCCCAGGCUAUGGUGGACAUUGUCAAGGCCAUGCGAUGGAACUACGUGUCUACAGUGGCAUCAGAGGGGAACUACGGAGAGAGCGGUGUCGAUGCUUUCAUUCAGAAGUCUCGGGAGGACGGGUUUGUAUGCAUCUCUCAGUCUGUCAAGAUUCCCCGGGAGCCCAAACAAGGAGAGUUUGACAAGGUCAUCCGUCGACUCAGAGAAAACCCAAACGCAAGAGUUGUCAUUAUUUUUGCCAGUGAAGACGAUAUCAGGCGGCUGCUCCAUGCAGCAAAAAAGGCCAACCAGACAGGUCACUUCAUCUGGGUGGGUUCAGACAGCUGGGGCUCAAAGAUCUCUCCGGUUUUGCACCAGGAAGAGAUGGCAGAGGGUGCAGUCACCAUUCUCCCAAAGCGUCAGUCAAUCAAAGGGUUUGAUCGUUACUUCAUCAGCCGAACGCUGGAGAACAACAGGAGGAAUAUCUGGUUCGCUGAGUUCUGGGAAAACAACUUCAACUGCAAACUCAGCCGUCAUGCUUUCAAGAAAGGGUCGGGGCUCAAAAAGUGCACAAAUCAGGAGCGGAUAGGAAAGGACUCACAUUAUGAGCAGGAAGGAAAGGUGCAGUUCGUUAUUGAUGCCGUGUAUGCCAUGGCACACGCACUGCACAAUAUGCACCAGGAACUCUGCCCUGGGAAGGUGGGUCUCUGCGCCAAAAUGGAUCCCAUCAAUGGUACUCAUCUGCUCAAGCACAUCCGCCGUCUUAACUUUGCAGGCAUAGCCGGAAACCCAGUGCUCUUCAAUGAGAAUGGAGACGCCCCAGGACGCUACGAGAUCUACCAGUACCAGAUCCGAAAUCGAACAACUGAAUACAAAAUCAUCGGUCAUUGGACAGACCAGCUCCAUCUCAAUGUGCAUUCAAUGCAGUGGCCAGGCGGUGUCCGUCAGAUCCCUUCCUCAAUCUGCAGCCACCCCUGUCAGCCUGGAGAACGUAAGAAGAUUGUGAAGGGAAUCCCCUGCUGUUGGCAUUGUGAGCGUUGCGAUGGCUAUCAGUACCAGGCAGACACCUUCACAUGUAAGAUGUGUCGCUUUGAUUUACGGCCCAACGAGAACCACACGGGCUGCGUACCAAUCCCCAUUGUUAAACUGGAGUGGAGCUCACCAUGGGCAGUCAUCCCUGUCCUGAUCGCAGUUGCUGGCAUCAUGGCCACAUUGUUUGUGGUAGCCACGUUCAUCCGCUACAAUGACACUCCAAUUGUCAAAGCAUCAGGCCGAGAGCUGAGUUACGUUUUGCUGACAGGCAUCUUCCUCUGUUACGCAAUAACGUUCCUCAUGAUUUCCACCCCUGAUGUCGGCAUAUGCUCCCUCCGCAGGAUCUUCUUGGGUUUGGGUAUGAGCAUCAGUUAUGCCGCAUUGCUCACUAAAACCAAUCGUAUUUACCGCAUCUUCGAGCAAGGCACCAUGUCAGUGAGUGCACCCAAGUUCAUUUCUCCAGCUUCCCAGCUUGUCAUCACCUUCACCCUGGCUUCAGUGCAGCUGCUUGGUGUGUGCAUCUGGUUUGGUGUGGAUCCCUCCAAGGCCAUCAUUGACUAUGAGGAUCAGAGAACAUCAAACCCUGUGCUGUCUCGGGGUGUGCUGAAGUGUGACAUUUCUGACCUGUCUCUGAUCUGCCUGCUGGGCUACAGCAUGCUGCUCAUGGUCACCUGUACAGUCUAUGCCAUUAAAACAAGAGGGGUGCCGGAGACCUUCAAUGAAGCCAAACCCAUUGGCUUCACCAUGUACACCACCUGCAUCAUCUGGUUAGCAUUCAUUCCAAUCUUUUUUGGGACUUCGCAGUCAACAGAAAAGAUGUACAUCCAAACCUCAACUCUGACCAUCUCCGUCAGCUUGAGCGCUUCAGUGUCCCUGGGUUUACUCUACAUGCCCAAGGUCUACGUGGUUCUGUUCCACCCCGAGCAGAACGUGCCCAAGCGCACACGCAGCCUCAAGGCCGUGGUUACCGCCGCUACCAUGUCGAACAAGUUCAACCCCAAGGCUGGACUGAGACCCAACGGAGAAGCCAAGACGGAGCUGUGCGAAAGUUUUGAAACACAAACUUUUCCAACAAAGCAGACAUAUAUUAGCUACAGCAAUCAUGCCAUCUAAGGAGCAAGGGUUGUUUUCAUAAUUCAAGAUUUCCACUCGACGGAGAAAACAUGCAGUGGAAUUCACGGCUGGAAUAAUGGAUGUGUGGUUGUAUGGGUGGAGAUCGCAGAAGCAUUGCCCAAAGAAAUGACAAAACCUGGUCAAAAAGAGUUGCAGUAAUGGACAAACAGGGCACCAGAACACACAUCACUACACUAAGGUUCCAUUUUUCUGCCUCACAUGAAUUUAUAAAAAGAAAGAAAAAAAGAAAAAAAAAUCAUAUUUGCAUGUGAGAGGUUUGGGAACUAAUGGAUGGAGCUUUUCAUUUGAGUUUUUACAUUCCAGCUUUGUUCUCGUUCAAAGACUGUGUUUUCGAGCAGCACUGACUGAAACGACUAAACUAACAUCAACAAAUCAUGAAUAUGUUCAGGUGUUCUUAAUGUUGUCUGCCAGUAUUGUUUUUUUUUUUGUUUGUUUUUUUCAUUUUAAAACUGAAAAUACAUCUAAUCUUAAAACCCUCAUGGUAUCACACGGGAUGAACCAACACCAAAAAGGCAUCCCCUGGCUUAUUUUAUGUUUUAUUUCAAAAUAUGUUCCAGUUCAAUGAAUCAAAUGACUGAAAAUCAUUUCAGCUGCACCUGACAGUUUUAUUUUCCACUGAGUUAAUAAGAGUAAUGAUUACAUGUAUAAGAUGGUAUCUGCUGACUUUGAGCAUGCCUGUUUCAACAUCCUGUGUUGUGUUGUUUAAACCAAAAAAGAAAAAAAAAUAUCUGGAAUGCGUUUAAACUCUGUUGCAGCGUUGUUUCAAUUGUUUGGGCCCUAUUGUAUGUUUCAAAACUGUUCUCAAAUGGUGAAGGUCCAGUGAGUGAUUGUUUCUGUGCUUAAGUGAGGCAAUGAUUUGUAUUACCAGCUAGCCCAAGGCUGUCACUGCCCUCUGCAUUCCUCUUUGUGCUUUCAAAUGGCGGCUCGUGGUUAAAAUAAAGCUGGUUUUAGCCAAAGACUCCUUACCGUAAGCCAUCGUCCAGGAUGACCCUCCCAUCACUGCCACCAGCUCUUCUCUUGGUCACGCAUAUCGUAAGGGUAAAGCUCAGCUGUACAGAUCCGUUAGGCUGGGGAUUAGGAUGAAUUAUGUCCUUGAGGGGAUUGUGCAAAAUG